CACUUCGACGUUGCCCUCGAUUUUCCUCGUGCACCACUACACUAGUGACCAUGUGACACUCAUGACCAGGUGACAUUCAUCUGUUCAUUGACAGGGCCAGCAUGAAAGCCAUCUGGAUGCGACUGUGAUAGCCGCUGUUGACAUCAAUGAUGUUGCCAACAAGGUGUACAAGUUUAACUUCCCACACACAAACCUCAUGCAACGGAAUAUCCAGUCAAUUACCGUGGAGGAGUUUAACGAGUUGGAUGCCGACAUAUUUCUCGUGAGUCCACCCUGCCAACCAUUCACAAGGGUUGGUCUGAAGGGAGAUCUCCAGGAUCCACGCACCCAGAGUUUCUUGCAUCUACUCCAGACGCUGCCCCGCUUGGCCAGAAUGCCCAGCUACAUUCUGGUGGAGAAUGUUCAAGGCUUUGAAGGAUCCAACACCAGGGCCCAGCUUGUGAAGAUUUUGGAGAACUGUUGCUAUGACCACCAGGAGUUCCUUCUCUCCCCAACGCACUUUGGCAUUCCCAACCAACGCCUCCGCUACUUCCUCGUCGCCAAACGUCGCCCUCUAGUGUUCAGCCCCGCCCUCAUUUCAACGCGGGAGCACCAGGUCUUGCGGGAGCAGCGGGUCAACUCCGCUAUGCCCCAUGAUCCAAAUUGUCUGAAAACUGAAUCUGCUGCCCCUAAAGGUGUUGCCGUUACAGCCGACAGUGAAAGUGAGUUACUGGUAGAUGACUUGGAGAGAGUGCCUAUAGGUUACAGCCAGGAUGACAGUGAGGCUAAACCAAGAACUAGCAAGCUUCAUGUGCAUGAGACCAGCCUCGCUUGUUGCAAUGAAGGAAGUAACCCAAAUGUUGUCACAGAUCAGACAGAAGACACCCAGUCUGGAGACUACAUGAAAGAGUCUGUCGCAGUGUAUAAUUAUAUUGUGACUGGCGAGAAUGCAGGCCAUGACAAUGUGCAUUCCAAUUGCAUUUGCUGCAGUAAGGCGGAAAGUAGGGCUGGAGAGGUGUCUGUUUUGUCCAAUUGUUUGAGAAAAGACUUGCCAAAAGGCUACAGUCCAUCUGCUUAUGAGUCUUCAAGUGAAAAGUUCAGUGAUGGGGGCGUGAUGGAUGAACCUUGUCGAUGUACAGCCAGCAGAAGUCGCUCAUCCACUCAGAAUCAUGAACCCACAGUGUGUGACCCUCUAAGCGCUCUGAAAAAGCCUUGCAAGGAAGGACUGCCAGUUUCGGGCAAGAAGGUGGGCGACUACCUGGAGAAUCUCCCAGAAGAUGAGGUGAAGCAGCUGCUCCUCCUGGACGUCCUGCUGAAGAGGUUUGCCCGCAUCAUGGAUGUUGUCGUGGCAACGGACAGCCACACUAGAUGCUUCACCAAGGCAUAUGGUCAUUAUGUGGAAGGCACUGGCUCUCUGCUUCAGAUGAACAACACUACACAGGGAAGGCCUCUUCUAAAGAACUGCAGCAAAGAGAUUGAGGGGAUCACGGAGGAGUACCUGGAGCAACUGCGCCGUCUUAGGAUCCGAUACUUCACAUCAAGAGAGAUCGCCAACUUGCACCACUUUCCGGCAGAUUUUGAUUUUCCAGUCGAGCUAACAAGGAGGCAGCGAUACCGCUGCCUAGGCAACAGCCUGAAUGUUCACGUGGUGUCCGUCCUGCUGAGAUACAUGGUCACCGAGUGUGCCCAGUGACUCUGCCAACGUCAUCAGCCACCCUCAUUUGACCAAACCAAAGAAAAUGGGAACAGAGUGAGCAGAUGAUAAAGGCACCUGACCGUUUUUGCCAUGAUUUCAGCAAGCCUACAAACAUGGUCUUUUCUUUCCCCUCAAGAGUGUUGGCAAGAAAAGGAUGACCAAUCUUCCUUUUUCAUGGAUUCAUGGAAAGUGUACACAUCUGCUAACCACGAGUACAUCUAUAUUUGUUCAGACGUGCACUGGAUUCAGCCACUUCAAGUGUCGUUGUAAUGCAUAACAGACUUUGUAUUAUGAAUGGAACAGAGUGGCGUUGUUGAUAACACAGGAAACAAGCUGCAGGGAGUUUGGACAGCUUAUUUGAGGAGCUGGGGGGGUAUUAUUGUUUGGGUGAAAAUUUGGAUUUUUGAAAACGGAAAGAUAAUGGGUGCCAACUUUUAUGAUACACAACCAAAUGCCUGAAAGACCAAUUUGCAAGAGAUAUUGGAGCAGUAUUUGUACGGAACAUCUCACUGCAACCUCAUAUUUUUCUAUGUUAAAUGCCUUUUGCCACCGCAACAGGCCAUGCACAGCAGGCGAAUUCAGUCUCUCGGUCUUUGCAUGUGUGUGCGGAACAAUGGGCAUUAGGUGGUUAAGUCUUCAUCGGCAAAGCCCUGUCAUCGUCAGCUUGGUGCGGGAAGGGACUGUCGCUCAGUACCAGCUGGUGGGGGGGGCCACAUCACAAAACCAACCGAUGAUUUUGAUUCUCAUGGCUUUUUGUCAAUGGGGAGGGGGCAGCUGCUUGGGGGAGGCACACCCCCUCCGGGCUCCUUGAAUGAUGAGCCUUCAUCCAGAGGUGUAUUGAGGCAAGCGUCACACUUAAACCCAUCAGCCAUUCCUGUGUUUACGCACUACCACAUAUUGUUAACACGUCCAUGAGGCAAGUAAUAAAUAUAUCAAGGCUUUUGAUCUUUUUCUCCACAACAUCAUGUUCAAUGCGCCCAGAGCCGCGUUCACUUUUGGAUUUGCCCCCCGACACCUAAACCUGGAUACGCCCCUGGACGGUACAGCCCAGUCGCUCCAUCUGCUACAUUUAGAACCUGGCUAUGCUGCUAUUCCCUGGAAGGUUAGACUUGAAUCAAGUCGGACUUUAAUACUAGUCAGUUAUCUCUUGGGCUCGUGCUCACUACACGGUCGUCCCGCUCGGCCCGGCACCUAGCUUAACCCUCAUACAUGUAAGGCGCUGUGAUAUCCAUUGUCCGGUUUUGUUUAAUGCAUGUUUAUAGAAGACCUAGUCUUUCUGAUAAUGCUUCCGUUUUUGCCGUACAGCUCCGUCUUUUUGUCUGCUUAAUUUUUUCGUAUCUUUACUUAAAUUUAUUUUGUUGUCAUAAUUUUCUACAUGUAUUUUCGUCAUAUUCCAUACAUGGCAUUAUGGAAAUAAAUGUUGUUGUUGUUGUUGAAUUUUUAGGUUAAUUUGGUACUACUUUGCAUAUCAUUUGAUAGCCUUCAUUGUACAAUGUGUGUCAUGCGUCACCAGUCCGGAUUUCUGAACUGAACUCAUAGUAAUACCGUAAGUGGACACAAGAGGGCGCGAAGCAGGUGACGGCGCGCGGUCUCGACAUAUGUAUCCAAAGCAGAAACCAAGACUUAACACAGAUCCCGACUAGAGUCGAGUCUACUGGAAGGUUGGAAUCAGCCCCAAAUGGACGCCGAUGUUUUUGUGAAUAGGCCGGCACCGAUCGAUGUGGAUUGGCCAGACUAAAGUUUGCCAAAAUUUUCCUUUCACUAAUUGGUUGAAAGUUACCGAGAGUAGUCCACACUCGAAGGUACGGUUACCAUUUAGGCCGUUGUACGAUUCUGAAAUUAAUUAGAUAAGCUUGAAUUAUGUGUGUGUAAAUCUGUCAGCUGUACAACUUUAGAAUAGAUCAAUCAUGGGUUAAGCCCUGUGUUUUAUAAAUACAUUUUAAAGAAUGUUUGGGUCUUUUUUUGUUUUUAUCUUCUACAACAGAUGUAAAGGCGCCCCUAUUUAUCGAAUGAUUUCACCCAUAAUUAAGAUGACUGCCAGGGUAU